AUGAUCCCAUAUCUCGAUAGCCACAACCAGGUUAGAAUCACCAUCCCAGAUUUUGCCUUUCCUAUCUCGGCAGACCAUCGGCUCCUUGUCUUAAUCCAAUACAACGUUCUUCGAGCGUUCAUUACCAACAUGUCUAUCUUAUCAAUCCUUGAUCGGAUGCCCCUCGAAUGCGGCACAGCUCUCAACAUAAAAACCAUACUUCUUCCUCCUAAGACUAUACCUCCCAACUUUGAAUCGACCCAGGUCCAGAAGCAUGUGGCACAUGAUUUUUGGAUAGAUAUUGUUCCAUGGGGUGGUAUGCGAGAUAAUUUGAUCCUCAACCACGGUAGGUAUGAUGAAGAAGAUCUCUGCGUAGACAUGGCUGGUGGGCUGUACGAAGGAUUCGACGACGUAGAAGCCAGGGGGUUGAUAGUAUGGGGAGAGCCAUGGUCAGAAACAGGCUGGGAAGUUACCGAGGGUUUUGCGACAAAAUGGCCGUUUCUGUUGAAGGGAUGUCAUACUCUAAUCGAAUCAACUAACAGGUGGAGGGAAUCCAGAGGAGAAGAGAAACUGAUUAUUGACGUAUGA